UGUGAGUCUCCGGGGAGUCCCUUGAGAGUCCCCUGGGAGUCCUCUGAGAGUUUACCAAGAGUCCCUUGAGAGUCACACUGGAGUCCUUUGUUAGUCCCUGAUGAGUCACAUAGGAGUCCCAUGUCCCUUGAGAGUCAUCUGUGAGUCCCAUGUGAGUCCAGUGAGAGUCCCCUGAGAGUCACAUCAGAGUCCCCCGGGAGUCCCCGAGAAACUACUGAGAGUCCCUAGAGAGUCCCUUGAGAGUCACACUAGAGUCCUUUGUGACUCCCUGGUGAGUCACGUAGGAGUCCCAUGAGAGUCCCCCUGGGAAUCCCCUGAGAGUCACUUGAGAGUCAUCUGUGAGUCCCGUGUGAGUUCAGUGAGAGUCCCCUGAGAGUCACAUGAGAGUCCUCUGUGAGUCCCUUGAGAGUCCCCUGAGAGUGCCGUGGGAGUCUCUUGAGGUUCCCCUGAGAGUCCUCUGAGUCCGUUCAGAGUCCGUUCAGAGUCCCUUCAGAGUCCCUACAGAGUCUGUUCAGAAUCCGUCCAGAGUCCCUUCAGAGUCCCUUCAGAGUCCGUUCAGAGUCCGUUCAGAGUCUGCUCAGAGUCCAUCCAGAGUCCCUUCAGAGUCCCUUCAGAGACCCUUCAGAGUCCCUACAGAGUCCGUUCAGAGUCUGUUCAGAGUCCGCUCAGAGUCCAUUCAGAGUCCGUUCAGAGUUCAUAGUCCGUUCAGAGUCCAUUCAGGGUCCUUUCAGGGUCUGUUCAGAGUCUGUUCAGAGUCCGUUCAGAGUCCCUACAGAGUCUGUUUUGAGUCCAUCCAGAGUCCGUUCAGAGUCACAUCAGAGUCCGUUCAGAGUCCAUUCAGAGUCCCUUCAGAGUCCAUCCAGAGUCCGUUCAGAGUGUGUUCAGAGUCCGCUCAGAGUCCAUUCAGAGUUCAGAGUCCCUUCAGAGUCCGUUCACAGUCCGCUCAGAGUCUGUUCACAGUCCGUUCAGAGUCCAUUCAGAGUUCAUAGUCCCUUCAGAGUCUCUUCAGAGUCCGUUCAGAGUCCAUUCAGAGUCAGUCAAGAGUCCCUACAGAGUCCGUUCAGAGUCCCUACAGAGUCCGUUCAGAGUCUGUUCAGAGUCCAUCCAGAGUCCGUUCAGAGUCCAUCUAGAGUCCGUUCAGAGUCCAUUCAGAGUCAGUCAAGAGUCCCUACAGAGUCCCUUCAGAGUCCGUUCAGAGUCCGUUCAGAGUCCCUUCAGAGUCCCUUCAGAGUCCCAGCAGAGUCCCUACAGAGUCCCUUCAGAGUCCGUUCAGAGUCCGUUCAGAGUCCCUUCAGAGUCCCAGCAGAGUCCCUACAGAGUCUGUUUUGAGUCCAUCCAGAGUCCGUUCAGAGUCACAUCAGAGUCCGUUCAGAGUCCCUUCAGAGUCCCUUCAGAGUCCCUUCAGAGUCCGUUCACAGUCCGCUCAGAGUCUGUUCACAGUCCGCUCAGAGUCCAUUCAGAGUCCCAGCAGAGUACCUUCAGAGUCCAUCUAGAGUCCGUUCAGAGUCCCUACAGAGUCCGUUCAGAGUCCGUUCAGAGUCUGUUCAGAGUCCAUCCAGAGUCCGUUCAGAGUCCAUUCAGAGUCAGUCAAGAGUCCCUACAGAGUCCCUUCAGAGUCCCUACAGAGUCCCUUCAGAGUCCCUACAGAGUCCGUUCAGAGUCUGUUCACAGUACAUUCAGAGUCCAUUCAGAGUCCGUUCAGAGUCAGUCAAGAGUCCCUACAGAGUCCGUUCAGAGUCCGUUCAGAGUCCGUUCAGAGUCUGUUCAGAGUCCAUCCAGAGUCCGUUCAGAGUCCAUUCAGAGUCCGUUCAGAGUCCGUUCAGAGUCCCUUCAGAGUCCCAGCAGAGUCCCUUCAGAGUCCCUUCAGAGUCUGUUCAGAGUACCUUCAGAGUCCGUUCAGAGUCCAUUCAGAGUCCCUUCAGAGUUCCUUUCAGAGUACGUUCAGAGUCCGUUUAGAGUCUGUUCAGAGUCCAUCCAGAGUCCGUUCAGAGUCCAUUCAGAGUCCGUUCAGAGUCUGUUCAGAGUCCCUUCAGAGUCCUUACAGAGUCCGUUCAGAGUCUGUUCACAGUCCAUUCAGAGUCCGUUCAGAGUCAGUCAAGAGUCCCUACAGAGGCCCUACAGAGUCCGUUCAGAGUCCGUUCAGAGUCUGCUCAGAGUCCAUCCAGAGUCCCUUCAGAGUCCCUACAGAGUCCGUUCAGAGUCUGUUCAGAGUCUGUUCAGAGUCCAUCCAGAGUCCGUUUAGAGUCCCUCCAGAGUCCCUUCAGAGUCCGUUCAUUUGGCCCUUCCAUAAUAAUUUGAAAUUGCUGAAGAAAUUUGAAAACUCGCUGUCGGCUUGAAAAACGUCAAUUUGCAAUUGUUUGAGUUAGAUGAUUUUGUAAACGCUCACUUAACGAUCGGCCUCCUUCAAAAAUUUGAUUUUUUUUCCCUUUUUCUGGAAUUUAUAAAUUACUUGUAUAGGUUUUGAAGUAGGUAGGUACUUAGGUAGGUAGUCAAAAAUUUACUUUUGAAUUGGCACUCCUGGAAUUUCACGGUAACUCGCUAAAAUCGGUCCAGUAGAUGCAUUACCUACAAGCCCCAAUUAAAAUUAUAGAUUCUAAAAUUAAUUUUUGGCCCCUCUUGGGCAAUUUGAAAUUUCUGGAGGAAAUUGAAAAAUGUCUAGACUCUGGAGGCGCCAGAAUGACUCAAAACUCGUACUUAGUUGUUGAUACGUGGGAGUUGAAUUAAGGGAGUUAUUUGUUAUUCACUUCGUUCAAAAAAUAUACAUUCGCAUGAAUAAAAGUUUAAAACUUGCUCUUUAGGUAAGUAAAUCAGCUUUUUAAUCAAAUUUUUUUUUUGAAAAUUCAAAUUGAACUUGAAGACAUGAAAUUUUGCUUAUGGAGAUUUUCGAAGAUGCUCUUUCAAUCUAGUUCUGUUUCGUUCUAAUUGGAGAGUUGUUCAAAAAAGUUUCAAGUAAGUACCUGAGCUAUCUAUUUCUCGAGACCGUUUUAUUAGGCAGAAAUUCCAAUUGUAAUAAAAUUCAAACAAAUCAUUUUUAAUAGUAUUUCGUUUUAAUUAUAAUACGCGAUGAGUCCACUAUGUAGGUACCUAAUUCUAAAACAACCAAUUUACGAGGUCAAGGGAUAAUUUAAACACACCUAGAAUUCGCAUGCCAGGUUCAACCUGGUCAAGGUUACCUUUCUUUCAAAAAAUUCCUCCAAAUAACUCGACGCAAGUAAAGGAAAAAACCGCUACUUAAAGAUAUACCUACCUAGGUACCUGUAGAAUUCAUAUAUCAAGCCUUAUCAUAGUUUCAAAAUCUGCACGCGGGAAAUGGGCUAUAUUGGUAACCAUGAAUAAGGUGAAAAUUCAGCUUCUAAUACCACCACUAACCUGAUUUCCGGCUACCAUAGCAACGGUUCUUGUUUACGGUAAAUAUAAACAUUGGAAUUUUUAACCCUUCGGAUCAUUUGUUUCACAUGUUUUCGUUCACAAUGGGUGGUUUUUUGUCAAAACUCAAAUUGUUGCAGAAGAACAAACCUCCGGCUUUAUCAGCGAAUUCAUCGUAUUCAUGGAGUAAUCGAGAAAAUACGAAUAUCGACGAUUAUUUAUUAGAAAACGUUCACGAAUCGGAACGAUGGAAAUUGCCGGGUUCGAUAAACGGUCAACAAUUUAUUAUUCAGAAUUGCUCCAAUAGCACUAUUUUUAUACUAGAUUUCACCAAUACUGUGACUGUUGAUGACUGCUGCCAUUGUACUUUGGUCUUUGGGCCGAUGAAAAGAAGCAUUUUUAUAAGAGACUGCGCCGAUUGUACUAUUGUAGUUGCUUGCGAACAAUUUCGACUUCGUGACUGUAAAAAUCUCAAAGUAUCGUUGUACUGUGCCACUCGACCCAUUAUUGAAUCUUCGAAAGAUAUUUCAUUCUCAUGCUUGCAAUUAUCCUACACAAAUAUCAAAGAACAAUUUCAAAAAUGCAACUUGAAUAUUUGGAAUAAUAUCUGGUACAAGAUCCACGAUUACACUCCAGCCAACAAAAACGAUUACCCGAAUUGGAAUUUUUGCCAAGAAGACAUCCAAGUUACGUCUUCCAUUCCUGAAAUCGAACAGUUGGAUUUUUCAACCGAAAGGAACAGAAGUGUGAUACCAUUAACGACAGGAUCAAUUUAUAAACAGACAAAUGACGCUUAUGAAAACUGUUUUGUAUUAUUUUGUGACGAUUUCUCCGCCAAAUCCUUUCUAACGCUUAUAAAUAUCAGAACGCCUAAUAUCGAACUGAUAAAAAGCAGACAGGUGAAUUUAACAGUUCAGCAUGCUGAAUCACUAUUCCUCACUUCAACUUUGAUCAAAGCAAUUCAGCAUGGUCCAGUAAUUGGUCUCCAUUUGUGUGGAAAAAGUGUCCUCCAUAUUUCUUCACAGAUCAUCUCAAAGAAUAUGGAAACGACUUUAUAUUACGUUAGUCCGACUGUAAAUAUGGCUUCUCACCAAGUGAACACAUUUUUUGGAAUCGCUGAUCUUCAAAUGGAAUCCCACAGUUGAAAAUCGUGAUGAAAAUCCAAUGCUGAACGUGAUCGAGCCUAUUUUUUUGAGAAGUGGAUACUUCUGGUUCAGAAUUUGUAAUGUAACGAAAAAAUGUACUUACAUUUUUGUAACAUGAACUGGAAGAAUAAAUGCAUAAAUAAUA